AUGGUAUUUCUUAAACUUCUAGAGCGAACUCGUGCCAGGAGAGAGAAUUUACAGAAGAAAAUGGCUGAGCGGCCGAUAGGAGGAAUGAGACCUACAAUGCAAACAAAAAGGAGCAGAGAACCUUUGUCAGAAACUGGAAACCAGCCCCUUCAGCCUAAUGAAGAAGCAAAGCCAGGUACAAAGCCAUCACCAUCCAAAAGACGCUGUUCAGAUAAGGUGGAGGCUGCAGCUCCUAGUUCUGAGAACACACAUCCAAUUAACUCAUCUUCCACAAACCAAGUUCCUCCUGAAAUUGCUCCUACUUCUCAGUCUGUUGUAUUGUCAUCUGGGAAAGAAGAGCAGAACCAUAAAACUGAAUCGGUUUCUGGUGCUUCAGUUAAAACACGUAUGCAAAAGCUGGCUGAACAACGACGUUGUUGGGACAGUGAUGUAUCUGAAAGUCCUUGCAUACUUCCCAUCCAAUCAAAAGAAUGCAUUAUUUCUCCUCCCAAACUACCCCUUACAUCUGAGACCCCAAUUGGGAGAAGAGGUCGUUUAGCAAACCUUGCUGCUACAAUUGGUUCCUGGGAAAAUGACCUAAGUCAUCCAUCUGCAAAACAAAACAACACACAAGAACAGCCUGGUACUACUUGUUUAUCCAAAUUGUCCACUACAAGUGGAGCAUCUGCUAGAAUCAAUAGUGGCAGUGUGAAACAGGAUGCGGCAUCCUGUUCCCAAAGGGCUGUUGAGUCAUCUGUGAAUAAGGCAGCAACCUCUGGGAUAUUGAGAAAUGCUAAUUCCAAAACCAUUUUGGAAGUAAAUAACCAUCAUGGUAAAGAUCUUGAGGUACCAAAGUUGCAGCUUCCACAAGAAAAGCAUGUUCUUAAAUCAUCUUUGAAACCGGUAUUAUCACAACCACUUCUAGCCAAAGAAGAGCCAAUUAAAGGAGCACAUGCACAACUUGACUACAAGGAUAAGCCAGCCACACCAGGAGGAUCAGGCAUUAAGCCUUUUCUGGAGCGUUUUGGAGAGCGUUGCCAGGAACAUAGUGUGCAUAGUCCUGCUAUAAGUGGAGGACACAGAACUCCCAUUAUCACUCCAAAUACAAAGACAAUCCAAGAAAGGCUCUUGAGACAGAAUGAAGCACCCUCAACUGCCAAUCUAGCACAGCAGCUCAAGCAGGAACGUGAAAGAGAACUCGCAUCCAUUAGAGGUCGCUUUGACAGAGGCAGGCUGUGGAGUGCUGAAAAAGGAGUGAGCAAAGGUCCAGAAACAAAACAGGAAAGUGAAGUUCAAACUAGCUCAAAAAACCUCCCCAGUUCAGAUGCAUCCUCUCACAUACCAGAAGAAAAGUCCAUAAAACUUGAGAGAAUAGGAGAAGGCUCUCAGUCUUCAGGCACUUCAGAAGCAAACAAGACAGCAGAACUUAGUCCUUUGAAAAUUUCUCCACCAAAGACUCCUGUAAAAACAAUGUCUAAUUCAAAGCUUGAACAACUUCUUGACAAAGAAAAUGACGAAAAGCAUGAGACUGAGGCAAGGGAGGAGGAUGAGAUGAAUAGUUCAAAAGUGAUAAGCAAUAUCUUUGAUGAAGUUCUUCAGGAUGAUGGGCCUGACAUAGAGAAACUUAAAAAAGAGAUGAGUAUGACUUUAGAAGCUGACAGUGACUAUGAACAAGAGACGCUAAAUAUUUCAUCAAUGUCCCUCCUAACACCUUUAACGGAGUCUGUUGCUGUUGUAAGUCCAGAGGUUUUUGCUUCCCCUAGUAGAUCAGUUGGUGAGGAGAGCAAUGCAAGUGAUGACAGUCCAAGAUCCAGCAAGUUUCAAAGGAUAUCUGUCUGUAGAACUGAGUCUGGAAGCAGCACUGGAUCUCUAUCCGAAGAGCGUAGCCUUCUAUAUAGUAUUGAUGCUUAUCGGUCACAGCGAUUUAAGGAAAAGGAUCGUCCUUCAAUAAAGCAAAUCAUUGUUCGUAAAGAAGAUGUUUCCUCCAGGCUUGAGGAGAAAAAGAAUGGAACUUCUGGUCAAAUUAACAUUAAGCGAAAAUUACAGGAACUGAAUAAUGAAAUCAACCUGCAGCAGACUGUGAUACACCAAGCAAGUCAGGCUCUGAACUGUUGUAUAGACGAAGAGCAUGGGAAAGGAUCACAAGAAGAAGCGGAAGCUGAGAGAUUACUUCUCAUUGCCACUGAGAAAAGAACAGUGCUGUUGGAAGAGCUAAAUAAACUAAAAAACGAAGGGCCUCAAAGCAAGACAAACAAAACUGGUUCUGUAUCUGGACUCUCUCCAUCCAGGGGAUCUGUUACUCUGUCUGAUAUGCGUCUACCUCUAAAAGCUGACUUUGUAUGUGGUCCUGCCCAGAAGCCAGGUAACCUUUGUUGCUACUACAUAAUCAUUUUGAGAGCAGGAGCAGAAAACAUGGUUGCAACUCCACUAGCAAGUAUUUCAAAGUCCCUGAAUGGAGAUGCUCUGUCUUUUUCAACAACAUUUACUCUGGAAAAUGUGUACAGUGACUUUGAGAUAAACAUUGAAGUGUAUAGCUUGGUACAGAGGAAGGAAACAGCAGGCAUUGAUAAAAGGAAAAAGUCAGCUAAGUCUAAGGCCAUUACACCGAAACGAUUACUGACAUCUAUUACUUCUAAGAGUUAUCUUAAUACUCCAGCCAUGGCCAGUCCAGGUGGGCCCAAUGCCGUGCGCACAAGCAACUUUGUUCUUGUUGGCUCUCAUAAAAUUUCACUGUCUUCAGUUGGAAGUACCAAAUUUCUUUUGGACAAGAUAAGUUAUGGAGUUAAGGAAAGAGAGCUACUUGGUUAUAUGUUCCAGGAUAAGGUUCCAUUUUUGUCUCCUCUGGAAGGCCACAUAUACCUAAAGAUUAAAUGUCAAACAGAUUCAUGUGUGGAAGAGAGAGGGUUUUUGACUAUGUUUGAAGAUGUUAGUGGGUUUGGAGCUUGGCAUCGGCGUUGGUGUGUGCUUUCUGGUAAUUGCAUCUCUUACUGGACUUACCCAGAUGAUGAAAAGCGAAAGCAUCCAAUUGGAUCGUUAAACCUUGCAAACUGCACUAAUCGUCACAUUGAGCCAGUCAACAGAGAGUUCUGCGCUCGGCCAAACACUUUUGAAUUGGUUACUGUCAGGCCACAGAGAGAGGACGAUAAGGAAACACUGGUUAGCCAAUGCAGAGACACACUCUGUGUUACCAAGAAUUGGUUGUCUGCAGAUACUAAGGAUGAGCGUAAUCUGUGGAUGCAAAAACUAAACCAAGCUCUUGUUGAUCUUCGCAUGUGGCAGCCUGAUGCUUGCUAUGUCCCUAUUGGGAAGCCUUGAAUUGUGGGAAAGCUCCCCUGAAAACUUGCUUAUGAAGCCAAAGCAGACCAUAUCACUAUUUAACGCAGACUUUUGUAUAAGGUCUUUUGGAUUCUACAUUACACAUCGUGCUUUAAGAUGUGGAAGCGAGUGUGUUGUUUUGCACUCUCUGCUGCAUCUAGUGUUCUAACUCUUUUCUAGCAUUGGAAUACAGAAGCUCUUCUUGGCUGUGCAAAAUGUUUAUAGUAUCUUGAAAUCUAUAGUUCAGUACCCUAUUAAAACUAGUUUCUAUUAAGUAACAGGGCUUGGUUUAUUUGAAGAGCUGAAGAAAGUUAGCAAAAGGAGGGGAAAACGAGAGCUUUAUCAUACAGAGUUUUCCAUAUUGGGAUAUCUCAAGUUUUCUGGUAUAUCGGGAUCCUGCAGCUGAAGCAGGGACUUCAAUGCUUUAUGUAUUCUUAAGAAACUAAUUGGGGAUUUAUAAGAAGAAACACUUUCUGGUAAUUAACAUUCAGCAUCCAUGGCACUUGUAAAAAGUAUCUGUCUAGCAUAUGAACAAGGUAGAAUAGCCAUAGAUCCUGAUAGGCAAAACAAAAUUAAACAGAAAUGGAAUUAGUGCAUGGUAUUUAUUGCACAUAUUAUGGUUUACAGAUGUGUUCAGUUAUGCAAGAUGUUGCACAUUUUCCUAGGAAACAAGCAUUCUGAAUAUUUUCUUGAAGCUGCUCUUUUUAAAAACAAAACAAGUUCUCACUGUUCUUUCCCUAGUCAUAUUCAACUUGCAUUGCAGAGUUUCAGCAAAUUAAAACUUCCACUGAUCUUUCAGCACUAGGAAGCUAUAUGAAUAUCAUGUAGACUGUAGAGCUUACUUGAGCACUCAGGGUCCAUAAUUUUUUUUUAUAACUGAAAUGUCUGUCAGUGUAGGAAAAUUUGGCUGGUGCGUGCAGUGGCAGAGUUUCUCAUCUAAGCAUGAGAUGUGUGCAGCAUUCACAAGUGCUUUCUGUCAGGUACCACGACAUGCUGUGUCAAUUAAAAUAGCAGCAGAGCACUUCCUCUGAACUGUUGCUUUAUAUACUUAGACACUAACACUUUAACUGCCCCUUUUUGUAUGACAAUUGCUUUUUUCCCUUGAUGUUUGUAAAUGCCUUCUACACAUAAAUAAAUGUUUAAAUAUAUCAAA